AUGUAUGGGGAUACCUCUCCUGAGAACGUUGUUCCAUUUAAAGACUGUGUCAACAAGCCUCAGCUUAUGCCUCCAGGGCCUCUCUUUGUCGAGAGCUUGUUUCCUAAACGAGAGGACCCUGCAGAGUAUUGCCCAGGAGGUUACCACCCAGUGAAAACCGGAGAAUUACUAAAUAGAAGAUACCAAGUGAUGAACAAGGUUGGAUGGGGCUACUUUUCCACGGUUUGGCUAUGUCAUGAUAUUCAGAAGAAGAAAUGUGUCGCAGUCAAAAUAUCAAAAAGUGGAAAAAAGUUUAGUGAAUCUGCUCUGGAUGAGAUUUCAUUGCUUAAUUGUGUAAAUGGUGCAAGAAAACGAGAGGCUCAUGGACAGAACAUUAUUCAGUUUUUGGAUGAUUUUAGAUUAAUAGGAGAAAAUGGGCUUCAUGUAUGUCUAGUGUUUGAAUUACUGGGACCCUCUCUUCUCCACCUGAUACAAAAUCAUGGCUCACAAGGUCUUCCGUUAACGUGUGUGAGGAGGAUUCUCCAGCAGGUGCUCCACGGAUUAAUCUUUCUGCACAAAAAAUGCUGCAUUAUCCAUACUGAUAUCAAACCGGAGAACAUUCUUCUAUGCGUGAAGGCAGAUAACCUUCAACAGUGCAUGACACAGGCUGCAAUCUGGAGUCAAAACAGAGCAAGCAAGCACCACGGACAAGGGGUUGAUGUGAACUUCCUAAGUCACCUUUUUAAAACGGGAAAUGCUGACAUGCUUGGGGUGAAAAUUGCAGACUUGGGCAGCGCUUGUUGGACAUAUAAACCCUUUUCAGAGGAGAUCCAAACCCAACAGUACAGAGCUUUGGAAGUUCUGCUGGGCUCUGGGUACAGCACACCUGCAGAUAUGUGGAGCACCGCGUGUAUGGCUUUUGAAAUGGCUACGUCCUUUUACCUAUUUGAGCCACAUGCUGGAAAAGCAUUCUCAAGAAAUGAGGAUCAUAUUGCUUGCAUGAUUGAACUGUUGGGAAGGAUACCACAAAAAGUGGUUGCAUCAGGGAAAAACUCACCAAUGUUCUUUAACAAGCAAGGUGAUCUUCUUCGAAUCCCUUAUCUGUACCCGUGUGGUCUUUAUGAUAUGUUGGUGAGCAGACACAAGUGGCAGAAGAAUGAGGCACUCAUGUUUGCCAGCUUCCUCCUGCCAAUGCUGGAAUACGCACCUGAAAAACGAGCCACAGCUGACAAGUGUCUUCAGCAUCCAUGGUUACAGUGCUAAUAUGUAUCUUUGUAUCUUUCACGUUUGUUUUUUAUAAAUAGAUUUUUGUUAAAACUUUAAAGGAAAAUCAGGGCAUAACACAACAUCAGAUGUGUAUAAUUUAUAAAUGCAUGACUCAUUAUAUAGCUUAUAAAUAAAUAAAUAGAAUAAAAGUA